UUGCAUCAGCUGUGUGGAGGCGGAGACUGAUCCGAGGUUCUGACCAAUUGGCUGUGUUUUCGUCCAGCCGUCGUGCAAUCCGUACGCAACAAAGGUUUGUCGCUCGUCGCUAAAAAAGCUGCCGGCGUUUACGCGGUCUACGCUGCGAGUCCGCACCAGCAAGAGAAGAUGAAGUUUGUUCCCGAGUCUCGUUUCUGCGCUUCAAGGUAGGAUGAAGGAGGCACUGCGCCGUACGAACUUCCAUCGUGCAAGGACUGUUAACGUGUUUAUUGCUUGUGUUUCAACUGUUUGAUUACCUAGCUAGUAUCCGCCCGUGAAUGUAGUAUGAAGGUGUCGACUCAGGGCAAGAUUCCACCGUCGGUGCAUCAUUUCUCGUUUGGAAUUGCCGCAAAUAUUAUACUGCUUGCUUGUACUAGUCACGUUAUCGGCACCAGUGCGACUAACUGCACAAGCGAAUGUGAAGCAUGUGUUCCAGGGACGUUCGCAAGCUCAGCGUGCAAUUGUUGCCCUAUCCGAGGCCACUGUCCCAAACAAGCAGCCGGAAAUGCCACCAACAGACUCUGUGAGCCGUGCAUUAUUGGAACGUUCUGCAAGGACGCGGGCUGUCCAUCUUGCGAGCCUUGCCCACCGGGCAUGUCCACAGUACAACCGAAAGCACAGAACUGCACGCCUUGCGAAGCAGGCUUCUACAAGCCUUUGCUUGGAUCUGGCAUAUGCAAUGCCUGCUCUCAUGGAAGCUACACCUUGCUGAAAGGCUCUACAGAAUGUACAGUUUGUCCAGCUGGCUUCUACUGCUCGUGUGCACAUUGUGGCCCACUCCCAUGCCCUGAUGAAGCCAUUUGCCCUUCUGGGAGCAUUCAGCCAACCUAUUGUUACAAACCACUGUUUGUCAAACAUGGCUAUUAUUGCUACAUGUCGGAUUCUGCAAUUGGAAUCAUCAUUGGUGUCUGCCUUUCUGUUGUCCUAAUGGUAGGAAUCUUGUCAGCCCGAUAUUACUACACCAGAUGGAAGCGUCAGUCUCAGAAUCCAACUGAAAUCAGCUCCCUGGUUGCAGAAAGUCGUCGGGACCCAGUUUACACGGGCCUCUAGUCAUGGUUGGCACUGGAAUUUUUCGCUAAGUGUCUGCGCACCUAAAGUUGACUGAAUGCCUAUUUGAUUGUGUGAUGCAUCUGCUUGAAUGCUGUUCUAAAGACCAGAUUCGUGGCUUUGAAAUGAUGAGUAUUGCAGCGUGAUUUUCAAACCAUAUUUCACCCAAAACAUGAAUGAAUCAGUAGCAAUGCUAGUAAAUAUGCUUGGUACUUACGUUGUAUGAAGGAUCUAAUCUUCUAUUUUGCUACUGUUUUUUCUGAGCCGCAAUGACCCUGGCCUCUGGCAAGUUUAUGGUGCAGCUGCAGUUAAUAUGCUUUGGUUUACUGUUUUGGUCUGUGCCAAGUACUGUACGUAGUAACUCAGCUGUAUUUAUUGCUUCUUGAAAGAUAUGGAGUACUUGCAGAUGAAGCCUAUCAAAGUGUGCAGUCAGUGCACAUCACGUUAGUCAUUAGCUGUAGAGAAGAACCUACCUGUGGACAAGUAGCCAAGUGUUUUUGUAGGGACAGGUGACACCAUUUCCACACAAAACUGGUUUUGUGGAAAGAAUAGUGCUUCCACUGUUAUCUUUAAUUAGCACAGCUCGAUCUGAAGUUCAGCAUGUUCACUUGUUGAAAGCAUCUAUAGUAACACCAAUAUCUUCUAGCACAAAGUACGACAUUAUUAUCAAUCAUCAUCAAAGCUUUAAACUCUUUUUAGUGCGAUUACCAUGCAUUGCAUCUACAUAUUCGUAGUGAUCGUCAUGUCUAUUGUUACCUAGGCCUCCUUAUUAAGAUAAACACUUAUAGCAGAAUGAGGAAUUAAAAUGCUUUGUAAAGCUUCUCAACAACCUCUGUGUUGAAUCUUAAGGAUGACUUGCUGUAAGUGAUCUGGUUUCUUAACGUAUAAUUUUAGCUUUUAGUUUGAAUUUAAAAAAUGUUAGAUUUUUUACAGUUUUCAUAUUUGCCUGUGGCUUACCAUUGGUGUAUCAGAAAACGUUUUUUAAAUUUAUCUUAUAGUUGCUGCUUUCAUAAGCCACCAUAAUUUUGGCUGAUAUAUAACAUAUUUAGGAAUGAGGAAAUGCUGGGGAGCUUCUCAGUAAAGUUUUCAAGUCAUCACACAUAUUAGUGUUCCAUAUUACUGUAUUUGUAAAAUCAGCCAUCAGUCCAAUGUAUAAUUAUUAUCCAUUUCUUAUUACUCUCAAUUGGCUUCAAAUUGAAUCAAGUACUGAUCCAUGCAAGGCAAGUUAAGAAAGAAGGAACACUUGAAAGGCAAAAGAAAAUACAAACUAGUAUUCCUUAAACAAUGCAUUAAAGCAUGCUUGUAAAAUUUAAUAAUGAACACUCGCUUGUGUCAGCACAGGUAUGAGUGGAAUAUGGUUCACUUUUAAAAGCAAGUUAUGAAAUGCAAAAAUAUUCUAUUUAACCUGGACCUAUAAAUUAUUAAUUAAUCACUUUUGAGUUCGUCAUUUCUAAACCUAAACCAUAUGUUUGUGACAAUAAAAACUCUAGUCUGGGUGGGUCUAAUUUAUGGAGGCAAAUAGCAUCAUUCAUUAUGCUUAAUAAAGCAUAAGGCAUCGUGUUGAAAUGCAGGUAUUAGGUAUUUUUACAUAUGAUCAAUCAAGAAUGCAAUAUGUAUCUGACACAACUGCGAAAUUCUGUUCUAACAUGCAGAUGAAAAUAUUAACCACAAGAAGCAGGAACCAAACCUAACUCAAGGGUACCACCCAUCUCGAAAGUCUUAUUCACAUGAUGAGGCUACAUACUUUGAAAACAAAACACAGUGAAAGGGAGAUUUUCAUUGUCUUUUGGCUUCUCCUUGAUAGCCUAUAGCAACAAAUUCUUCUCAUGCUUCUCGUUUACAUAUUUUGUUAGUGAUUCGGUAGAAAUAUGGCAGACUUAACAAGAUAAAUCAUAUUUAACUUGCAUAUUUUGCUUGACUUACAGUAUGAAUCGCUUUACUUGUGCAAAAGUAGCAUACUCUUUGGUCAGCAUGAGGUGCCUGCUACGGAAACGGCUAUGGAGAUUUAACUGUGAUAACACGGCCUUUAUGCAAAACAUAGUAUACUACUCCUGAUGGCUGUAUAGGCAAGGAGUGAGCCGAGCAAUUCUGUUCAAGCAUAAAAACUGAUCACUUCUUUGAAAUGUGCAGUCUCAUUUUUUUGCAAUUAGCUAAUAAAGUAUCCUACUCUAUGAUGAAAUGCAGCACUUCCAGAAGGUAGUACAACCAUUACAACAACUACUAGUAUGAUUAGGGGGUAUAGCAGAGAAUAAGCCAUCCAUCUGUGCAGUCGUUUUAGGAAUAGCCACCUAUUGCUAUUAGGGCAAAGUUGACAAUUACCAGUUGUCACCUAAAACUUUCAAAUGGGGGCCGCCAUUGUAUGAAUGUAAAGCUUACGUCAAGCUUUUGUGAAUGCACCAUGUCUUGUGUUUGCAAAAUACAAGUUGCAAAACGUCAACUUCCUUAAGAAAAUGAGAAUUGAAUAGUGCUCAAUAUUCAAGCUGUCAGUUCUUGUAGAUUUACUGCAUAUGAGAUAUGUUUGCAGCACUCGGUGUAUGUGCAAUAUGGUUUGCUGUAUUGGUCUUCGUUUAGCCUCGUGUAACACUCUUUUUGAGUGGGAACGGCUGCUGUCAUUUUCUGAGCUAGCCUUUCAUCUAAUGGAAUGUUUGUACUCUGUGAUUCGUGCUGCACUGUGUCCCCAACGUGCGAAAGCCACAUCAUGAUUUUAUUGUGAGAGUUGUGAUUGAAUGAAGGAAAAUUACUGUGAUCAAUGUUGAUACCACAAACCAAGCAUGCUUGACGUUAUUGUGUAUUGAUAUAAACGCAAAUUAUGUUGGAGCUGUAUUUAGUCAAAGUCCAUUUUCAUCCGGCUUUUUCUUUCUUAAUUUUCAUGAAAUAUUUUCAUUGUAACAUGUACCUGAGUGGCAGUUCUGGUGUGCUGGUAAUCUGUAAGAACUGCUAAAACAGUGUCAUCUGGACUCGGGUAAAAAUAGAUAGGCAUCGCACACAGGAACUGUUUGUAACGUUAUUCUUGUGGCCACGUUCUAUAUUUUCUAUGCCAUAGAUGUCAUCAUAAACUGAGCAUAUCUGUGCAGAGUACAAGAAAGGGAGAGAAUAUUGUCAAGAACUUGUGAGGAACUUUGCUAGUGGCUUUCUUGCAAUGCACUACAAGACAUAAUUGUUCUUGUUUCUUUGACACUUGCAGAUCAUCAAAGCAAGUAUGACAGCCAGACUUCAUAAGUUAUGUGAAAGCAUGACCAUUUAUAAUGUAAAAGAACUUGUGUUUUGUAGAGUUUUCAAAUAGGGUAUGUUAGAAUUGCUAGCUUCACAAUAUUGACUACCUUUCUUGUACUAUGCAUAAAUGUCCUUUACACGGAGUGUCCUGUAGCUAGGGGCUUCAGCAUUUCAUGUAGCUUCGUUAGCUUUGUUUCUGGAUAUAAAUUUUGAAUCGAAGUAAUGAAAAUGAUACUGUAAUUCAAUGAGCCACAAGCAAAAGCAACAGUAAAACCAUAAAAUAGUUUAAAAUUAGCAGAUGCAUGUUUUGAUUGCUGCAGGUUUUUCAGUUGACAUCAGCUGUAUACUGUAUUUAUUAAUUCAUGUUACGUGACUAUGGCAUCACUUGAGUGUAGCCGUAGUGCACUAGUAGCUACCAUAGGGAUGGUCCCGCUUUAGCCAUGGUUUCGUGUUUGCAAAUGGCUGCCAGUCUGUGCAAACUUGAAAUGACAUGCAACAAGGUAUCUUGAUUUUCACAAAUAUUGCAGCUAUGUCCAUUGUUUAUAUGUGGAGCCUGCCAAUUUCAAGGCUUGAAGGCACGGUAAAACAUCACUUGAUGCCUACGGCAUGUGUGCGAUCAGUAGCAUUUCCUUUUGUGAUGAUCAGUGUUGCUUUAAAGUUGGAUAAAUAUUGGAACACUGGCUAAAAAGUUAGGGAUCUCUGAAAUAUAAUACCGGUCUGAGAAGGUUUCUAAUUACGUCAUGUAGGCAAGGAAUCCUAAUUAUAUUAGUACACAAUUUGGCAUUUAGAUGCUCGUAUACACCAACAUUGUUCUGAUUGAAUCGCAAUUUAUGGCUGGUAUUCUUGAAUCCAGUGUCUGCAAUUAUUUCAGCAGUAGAGCUGGACAAGUACUGAUACCUGUGCUCUUGAAAGUGAAAUGCCUGAAGUGCCUACAGGCAUUGCCAAAAACUAUGCUUAGAGACAGAUGAAACUCUCGAGUCUGCCUUUGAUUGUCAGUAAUUCAGCAUAGUUCUACUAUGUAAAAGUGUACUUGCAGUGUAUUUUCUAAUUGUAAGAAUGUUUUUUAUGGUGGUGUUUAUGUUGCCUAACUUCAGAAAUUAUUGUCAUAGACAGUAGUCAUGGAUUGAACCAGGACAAUUUAUGGCUGAAUAAGGCACGUACUUUCGUUUUCACUAUCUUCAGUUUGGGUCACAUUUGUGUGGUUUCGACUUGAAUGCAUGAAUGAGAGCCAACAUUACCUUUUGAGACCAGACUAGUCUCGUCAUAAUGCAAUUAUUCUGAGCUCUACAAAAAUGAUGCCACAUUUGAAUCCGUGGGCACUGCACAUUUCAAAGAACCGAAAUAGUCUACCAUAUCGCUUCACUGUUUCAUCUGUCUGAUGGCUGUCAAAAUUAUACAUACUAUGUACGACUUACUUGAAUGUAAACAUUCAACAGAUGUCUGUCUGAUUUGGUAUGAAAACUGGGAAAUGAUUUCAACUCCAAUCAAAAGUAUGUGAAGAAAUCCACCGUUUUGGAACCGACUUGGUUCCUUCCUCAGGGAGGAUUGGGACUAGUAGCAGUGGCGUCUUCAAAGCACUGAUGGGGCGCUUAAUGAUGCCCCCUCUCUCUCUCUCUCCCAUUUUGCCAGGGAGCACAGUCCGUGUGUAUAUGUACACCUGCAUUUUCCCCCCGAUUGUCUUUUCUAAAGGUUUGCCUUAAUGCCGCAUUCAACAUGUGAAGUUAUGUAACUCGCACAGUAGUGUCAUUUGGAAUGGUUGUGCCUGGCUCUUAUGGUAUUCACAAUGUAUAUUUUAUGUGAACGAAAGUGUAUUGUUUGGUUUUAACGGCUUUUGUACUGAGACUUUGGUGCACUUGUUUUGUGCAUGUGGCAGGCACCACAUCAGUUACAUGUGCAAGUAAGGUCCUGUAACUUGUGGUCUAGGGGAUAGAAAUGGCUGAACUCCCUCAAGAAUGGUUAGUUCUUUGCUAAAUUAAAGGUUAUUGCAUGUGAUGAUACCAUUUGUUACUGCAAUUCAGACUACACAGAUAAGCCGUUUAUGUAAGCUUUUCAACUCUAAAAGCACUUUCACAGUAGAAAAUGUACCGGCUGCAUUAACAUGUUCAGGCCAAAAGCAAACACUUCUAUUGUUGCUGCUCAUACGUACAUGCACAUGCUCCUAUGGGGUAUAGUUCACUUACUGCCAUAACAUACUUGCCAAGUUCAUUUUUGACCUUCAUUCUCCCACUUUUGCACAAUGUUUCACAUCUUGAUUCUGUUAUUUGCUGGAGCACAAGAUAAGGUCUAUAACAUUCCACUGUAGUAUGUGUACAUGUGUGCAGCAAAACAUGCUAUACAUAUGCCUUAUGCAGGAAAAUGUAGGUUGGUUAUGUAAAUUCACAACGUCAUAAAAAUAUUGCCUGAUCGCGACAAGUUAUCUUACGUAAAAUCAUUUGCAUGGAGAGAAAUUAAGGAUAGCUGAAACUGAGCACUUCGGAUAUGCUUUGUAUACUAGGCUUUGCUUGACUGGUUUUUUUUAUUGGGGGUAGGUCACGUGUGCUUUAAUGUUGAGACUUCUGUCUUGAUCAUGGGUAAGUUCUUGUAGAAUUAAGUUUGGUUGUUUAGACUUCUUUACACAAAGUUUCCCUUACACAAAACAGAUCUGUAAUCUUGUUGCACUUGCCUCAAUUUAGGCACGUCUAAAAAGGUCUCAUAGCUUUUAACUUGCUGGAGUAGUUCCUUCCAUUUUGCCAAACUAUAGUACAAAUCUUUAAGAUAUUCUUUCUUGCUCUAGAUUGUUUUAGUAAAACUGAUCUUACCAAUACUGCCAGUUUCAUUUUUACAUAUAAUUUAAUCAUGAUUUUGCAUAGCUGAAGCCUUUUCAUAUUAUUUCAAGAAAUCUCCAUCAUGUUUUCUUUGCUUCUUGUGUUUAUGUUCAUAUGUAUUAGUCUAUACUCGGCGACAACUUUCUGUGGCAAUGAAGAGGAGGCUACAGAGCCAAAGUGGGCAUGUGCCACUUCUGUAGAAUAUAGUGCCACGAACGCGUCUGUGUUUUCCGUGUGAAAGUAACAAAAAAAGAUCAACAUUAUUUUGUACUUGAUGCUGUUUAUGAAGAGACGCCGCAGGUGCCGAGGAGAUACUGUUAUUUGUUGUUGCUUUCUGAAGAGUCAUUUUGCGUUUUUGCGCAUCUGAAAACAUCGCAUGUUUUACGUGUACCUCGCAGUCAAAAUGCUAUCUUCAUCUUUAGGUGAGCGCGCGUCGUCCUCCAGCUAUUCCGACGACUCGCCGAAAAAGCUUGUGUCAAAUUUGUCACAAAUGGCUGUGUAAGUAGGUGAAUCAAAUUGUGUGCAGUGGGAUUACAUGAACGCAGCCGUCAUUCGAAACGCGAGCCCUGCCGCGGUGGUCUAGUGGCUAAGGUACUCGGCUGCUGACCCGCAGAGCGCGGGUUCGAAUCCCGGCUGCGGCGGCUGCAUUUCCGAUGGAGGCGGAAAUGUUGUAGGCCCGUGUGCUCAGAUUUGGGUGCACGUUAAAGAACCCCAGGUGGUCUAAAUUUCCGGAGCCCUCCACUACGGCGUCUCUCAUAAUCAUAUAGUGGUUUUGGGACAUUAAACCCCAUAUAUAAAUCAAUCAUUCGAAACGCGAGCCGAACUUGACUACUUUGCGGAGGAGUACAGGAGCAGUAGCUCCGCCCACGUAGCCUUCCCUUCAUUGCCACAGAAAGUUGUCCCCAAGUAUAGUCUCCUUCCUUCUUUAUUUUAUUUUGAAAACAUUUAUUGGCUUUUAAACUGCAUACUGUUUAAAGGCUGAUAUUACUCAACAAAUGUAUGCAUAGAAUAAAUGCUUAUUUCUCUGAAUUACCUUCUGAUUGAAGAUUUUUAAAUGCGGACAUCUGCACUCUCGUUCUUCCUUUUUUUUUUUUCAAAAUAGGAUAAUUUUAUUGUGAAAUAUUACUAUAUUUCUAGGUCUGUGUGUAUGUGCUAUAAAAACUCCGUCCAGUACCAAUGCAUACGUUCCUUUUCUGUACGUAUCAUCCAUUCUGCGGCUGUUCACAGUGUUUAAGUGACAGUAAACAUUGUGGUCUGUGAUUACUAUAUGGCAUUAAGGCUGUGAAAGAUAUUUAAGCAAUUUUAUUUUAGUUCUGCUUAGGUUCAGAAUCAUCCAAGCUUGUCACGUAAUCUUCCUGUAGUUUCUAUGAAAUGGGCAGCUUUUUUUUGUUUUAAUGCAAAUUUUCUAGCAUUUGAACAUAUUUCUUUCAGAUCAUUUGAUUUGGUGCUAAAAAGGAGCUUUUUGUAUUUUUCAUUUAAUUUUUUUCUUUCAUUCUCUCAAAACAUUAACUAUGUCAAAUGUGUGCUUUUCUGUCCCCUCAUUAUUUUAGCAGUGUUUUAUCGUCUAUUGGCAAGUGUUGUAUAUGUUUAUUUUCCAUGGUGUUUGAAAUUAACGUUUAUUUUGAAAGUAAGUUGUUACCUGUUAAGUAUGAUUUUUGCCCACACUUUGUUAGAGCACCGACUCUAGAAACGAAGGCUGCAAUAAAGCAUGAGACAUUAUUCAUCA